UUCUUGGUUCCUGAAAUAAACAACCCCUUAGCCUCUAACUGUUGAGCCUAAGAUUCUACAUCCUCCAAAUUUAACCAAGAAUUGAAAAUUAGUUCAGAAUAUUAUUUGUGCUGCACCUAUCUUUAGUUCAGAUUCUGAGCAUAAAUGCUCAAGCUAAAUGUGUAUUGCUCUCUGAUUCCCAGUUCAAGCCAAGUCAAGCUUGGGAGCAGCUAUGGUUCAUUGAUCCUUCAGUAUCACAGGUCAUUGAAACCAUGUCAGGGAAUUUCUGUUAAAGCCUUGAAAGAUGAAACAGGUGGAGAAAGAAGCGGAUUCCCUAGUCGGAAUUGGGACCCUGGGUCAGAAAUCGAGGUUCCUUUUGAACAAAGGCCGGUGAACGAGUACUCAUCACUAAAAGAUGGAGUCCUAUAUUCAUGGGGUGAACUUGGUCCUGGGCCCUUUUUCCUUCGUCUUGGAGGCCUCUGGUUAGUAACUUUCACAGUUCUAGGAGUGCCAAUUGCAGCUGCAAGCUUUAAUCCUGCAAGAGAUCCACUAAGAUUUGUGUUAGCUGCCGGAACAGGAACUCUUUUCCUUGUGUCAUUGAUUGUCUUAAGAAUAUACCUGGGAUGGAGUUAUGUUGGUGACAGACUUCUAUCAGCAGUGAUACCUUAUGAAGAGAGUGGAUGGUAUGAUGGACAAAUGUGGGUAAAGCCACCCGAGAUCCUGGCUCGUGAUAGACUGCUGGGCUCUUACAAGGUUAAGCCAGUCAUCAAAUUUCUGAAACAGACACUAGUCGGAACAGGGGCAUUACUUGUCACAGCAGCAUUGCUUUUCACCUUCGCCAAACCUGUGGAGGAUUUCCUUCAAACCACCUUUGGCACAAAACAAAACCCAUCAGACAUUCCAGCUUCAAAGAUCAGCACAAAGUUCAACUUAAGGAAAGAGGAGUUGCUUAAAUUGCCAGGCGAAGUGGUGGCUAACGAUGAUCUAGCAGCAGCAGCUGCUGAGGCUGCUGAUGGAAGACCAGUCUAUUGCAGAGAUAGGUUUUAUCGUGCAUUAGCAGGUGGACAGUACUGCAGAUGGGAGGAUCUACUUAAAUAAUGAGAAGAAAGGAGGCACAAAUCAUAUAAAGUCUCAUAUUAUAACUGUGCCCUGUAAUUUCAAUUUCCUGGAUGUUAAUUUUUAAAAUUUUAUCCGAUUAUUUCAAGGAAACAUUUACAUUGUUUAAAAAUCAGAAGCAUAACCAUAGGGUUGAAGAAGUAAAUGGCGGACAAGAUUUUGAAACAUGAGCACUGUUAUGAUUAAUAGUACUGAUCGUUAUUUGUCUAA